GCAGCAGCCGCCCGUGGCCCCUGCAGCUGCAGCCGCCGCCCGUUCAAUUGCAGCAGCCGCCCGUCGCCCGAUCUGCUCGUGCCCGAUCUGCUCGUGCCCGAUCUGCAGCGACCGUGCUCGUGGACGAUCUCCAGCGGCCCGAUCUGCAACACAGUCCCUGCUCGUGGACGUCGCCACAUCUGCAGCAAGAUGGAUAACAAAGGAAAGGGCAAGGGAAAGAGCAACGAACCCGAGAAGGUUGUAUGCCAAGCAGAUUGGGAAAAUCCUGAAAUGACUACAAUUUUUUGUAACAUUGUUGUUGAGGAGAUUGCAGCUGGAAAUAGGCCUCUAGGUACACUGAAUGCAAGAGGCUAUAAGAACUUGCGGGAAAAGUUUUUCACUCAAACAGGAAAAAAUUAUACCCAGAAACAACUGAAAAACCGUUGGGAUAACUUGAAAACCUUGUAUGGUUUUUGGAAAUCGCUUUGGAGCGAUUCUGGCCUUGGAAGGCAUCCUGUUUUGGGGAUACCUACAGCAAGUGAUACAUGGUGGGAGACAAAUACAAAGGGACACCUCAGGAGGGAGAAAAAGGCAUUCCGUUAUGCUCCUCCACCAUGUUUGAAACAAUGGGAAAUUAUGUUUGAGAAGAGUCAUGUCUCAGGCCAAUCUGCAUGCAUUCCUGGUGAAGAAGGUGGUGGGGAUAGCGUUCCCAAUGAAGAAGAGAGGGAUGAUGAUCCAAUUCAAGAAAUAGGGAGUGAGCAAUUUACACCCACAUCAUCUACACGCACUGUACUGAAGAGGAAGGUGACAUGUGAUAGCCCUAGGAAAAUUAGUCCAAAGAAGAAAGGGAAGAAUCCUAUGGUGAGGGUGAUGUCACGCAUGGUGGAUGAUGUGAUUAGUUCCAACUCUGUGACCUCCAAAGCAUUGACCGGUGAUUUCACUCGUGAGUCGGUUAGAGAGGUUAUGGCAUUGGUUAAAGAAUGUGGAGCUGUAGAAGGAAGUGAUGAGCACUACAUUGCAACACAGUUGUUCAAGCAUUCUGCAAAUCGUGAAAUUUUUUUGUCUAGCUUUGAUACCAAUGAAGGAAGGUUCAAUUGGCUGAAGAGAUGCUAUGAAGAAAGAAAGAAGUAGUCGGCCAUGCAAGAAUUAUUUCUGUAUCCUAUCUAUCUAGUUACUGUUAUUUUUGUAAAACUCUAUAUUUAUGCCUUGUGAUGUAUUUGUGACCUACUGUUAGUUGUACCAAACUUGUGAUACCUAGUUACU